UUCGCUUCACAGUUCACACACACUGACACACACAGACAGAGGCGAAAAUGGAGUUGAGUCUGGGCGGGAACGCGCUCAAGACCUUCGCUAGGUGCAUCACAUGCCUCGCACGUGUCGGUAACGAGCUCGUCAUUCAAGCUUCUCCUUCUCAGCUUGCUUUUCACACUCUCAAUUCGUCGCGGUCUACCUAUCAGUCUACUACAUUUAAGCCCGGUUUCUUUGACAACUAUACAGUUUCUGGUAACCAAGUUAAAUGCAGUGUGCUUUUGAAGGCCGUUUGUUCUGUUCUUAGGACACCCAUUGCAAGUAUUGAUAAUUUGAGCAUAAAGUUACCUGAUCCAGACGCAUCAAAAGUGCAGUGGAUGCUGGAAUGCUAUAGUGGCAUGAGAAAAACCUAUUGGAUUACUUGCAAUGUUGAACCCGACAUACAACAUUUAUCCCUUGAUAGGAGAAAAUUCCCGAGCAGCUUUGUAGUGAGGCCUCGUGAUUUCAAUAGAUUGCUUGCUAAUUUUCAAUCAUCUCUUCAAGAGAUUACUAUCAUUGCAACAGAGCGGACAUCCGUACCUUCUGACACUGCAAGUGAGAUUGAAGGAAAAGCAGUUGAACUUAGAAGUUAUAUAGAUCCAACCAAAGAGAAUGACUCCUCGCUGCAUACUCAACUGUGGAUAGAUCCUACAGAAGAGUUUUUGCAGUAUACUCUCAUUGGAGACCCUGUAGAUGUGACAUUUGGUGUAAAAGAACUGAAGGCCUUUCUUACUUUUUGCGAAGGCUGUGAAGUUGACAUUCACUUGUACUUUGAAAAAGCUGGCGAGCCUAUUCUCAUGGCACCAAAAUUCGGCUUAGAUGAUGGGUCCAGCUCAAACUUUGAUGCUACACUUGUACUUGCAACCAUGCUUAUAUCGCAGCUCCAUGAAGGAAAUCCCUUGGAGCCUCCUCAGGUAGCUACAUGCACAAGACAUCUCCAGAAUGAGCAUGGAACAGGGUCUGAAGCUCAACGUGAAGGGUGUAGACCAAAUAUUUCUGAGUUUCCAUCUGAUCACACUAGAAUUUGGUCUGAAAUUUCAGGAAGCGCAGCAAAAAAUGGCAGUGGAAGUGGUACUGAAGAAAGGCAGGUUCAAGGGGAAAGAAAUUUGAACACCAGUGAACAGAGGGAAAUUCAGAGGAUUAGCACAAUGCAAAUCUCACAAGCUGCAUCCGCUAGAGGAAAUGAGUGCGCAGAUCCCAAUAUCUGCCAUCCUGCAGAAAAGGAUCAUGCAGAACAAUCCAGAGAUAGGCCAGAUACUAAUGCUCAUGGAUUUUCACAACGUCAUCCUAGUAACUGGGUAGAUGCAGAUGAGGAUGAUGAUGAUAAUGGGGAUGAUAACGAACUGUGCAUUCAGUCAACACCACCAUACUAUGAGGAACAGUAGCCACGAUAAUUAUUUAUCUUAAAGGCAGGCUGCUUGUUUUAUGUCUGUUGGUUGCAGCACUCUAAAUUGUCAGUCCUGGUGAAAUAAAAUCUGGAAAUUUUCUGAGUACUGGAUAUACUCUGCCAAAUUGCAACCUUCUUGAGUUAGGUCAUGAGACUGGUUGGUGGCUCAAUAACUCUCGGGAGGUGAUCCGUCACAAUCAUGCUGCAGUUAUAAGGCCUUGUUGUUGUUUGUUAUAAUUGUAAACCGAAUCUUAAGUGUUGAUACCUACUGCAUGUUUUCUUGUCAUUUGAUUUAAUUUUCCCAUCGAUGGACAGGGCACCUAUGUUCAAUGUAAUAGGUGGCUUUUCAGUUGCUAUUGAUCAAAGAUAUAGGAUGGUGAUGAUUUUAACA